AUGGAAACAGAAGGAUCUUUUGAUGUUAAGAGAGCAGCCAGCCUUAUUGCUGACCUUAAAAAUUCCUUAAUUGACGCACCUUAUUUGACCAACCAAGAAUCUACUCUCGAUAAGACUGAAAGGAUAAACUUCAGAACACUUUUAGAAUAUGAUGCAAUUGUAUGCAUCAAAACCAGGGCUAUAUCUGAUUUUUCAAGAAUAAUGACUCAAUUAAGAUGCUCCUACUUUAGUUCUCCAGACUUACUACUUUCAGAGAGAAUGCCACUGCUUGUCUCUAUCAAUCUCAUUCAUUUACUUGCUACAAAUGACAUCUCCGAAUUUCAAAUUGAAUAUCAACACGCGAAAGAUUUAAUAGGAAACAACAAAUACUUAUCAUAUGUUACAGAAGUUUAUCGCUUACUCGCAGAUAACUCAUUCACUCGUUUAUUCCCAAUUAUUGCAGCUCCUCCAUCAGAUCUCUUUACACAAUUCGCUUCAGACCUAUUAAAUAACACUAGAAAUAAUCAUGCGGAUUCAAUAGAGAAAUCAUAUGAGAAAUUACAUAUAAAUGAAAUUAAAAAAUUAUUACAUUUCAAUACAAUAGAAGAUGCUCAAGCAUUUGCAACUAAACGUGGAUGGACUUUCGAUGCGAAUGGUUAUGCGCUGUUCAAAGCUAAUUCAGAACAAAAAGCAAAACUUACAGAAAAAUCUGUUGAGAGAUUUGUAGAUUUAGCAAUCCAGAUCUCUUCAUUUGCAUAA